AUGGGACCAUCCCCGGCUGUAAAGGCCGCUGCCGGCGUCUUGAUCUCCUCCAGUUCUUCAUCUACACUUCGAACCAAUGGAAACAAACAACCUCUUUCAAUCGAGAGUCUACUUGCGCAACAAAAAGCUGAAAAGGAAGCGGCUAGUAAGCCAAAGUUCUUGUCAAAGGAGGAACGAGCGACACUUGCUAUUGAGAAGCGGGCUCAAGAGGUUGCUGCUGAAAAAGCAAGACUAGCAGAAGCAGCGGCUAAACGUGACGAACUUGAACGAAGUGCUCGAGAAUCUAAAUACGGAUCUUACUCUACUGAUGCAACUGACUCAAGCUCAACAUCAAACAAUGCAGCGAGCAACUCUAUGCCACCACCCAACUUUCCCGCCUCUGCCUCACUUCCCGAUAUGAAGGGCAAUAGUGUACUCCCCAACAACGGUCCCAUGCUCGGCACUGCCCCUCCACCUGCCUUGAACCAGAAACUCUUGAUGGCUCGUUACUUGGGUCAACCGGAUAAUAAGAAGCGCCGGAUUCGCAAGAUGUCAGACAAGAAAUUUGUGUUUGAUUGGGCCAAAGAUGAAGAUACUGCUCUUGAAGAAGUCGAUCCACUCUACGCCGUCACAGCACCUCCAAUAUCUGCGCCAAUUGUCGGCCGGUUUGGUCUGUACGGAAACGGCAAGCUGGCCGGUAUCGAUCCAGCAGCCCAAUCCGUCCGUAACCACUCGAGAACGACUUACCAGACCCGGUAUAAUCCUGACGAUGAAGUACUCACCUCAACUCCAAUGUCAACAGGAUCUAAACGAAGUUCAGCUGUGAUCAAUGAAUUGCACUGGAGUCAGAAACCGCUGGAAGCUAUGCGUGAACGAGAUUGGAGAAUCUUUAGAGAAGAUUUUUCAAUCGCUGCUAGGGGUGGUAACAUACCCAAUCCAAUGCGUUCAUGGGAUGAAUCCAAGAUUCCGAUGCAAAUCUUAGAAAUCAUUGAUGAAGUGGGCUAUAAAGAACCAUCACCUAUUCAACGACAAGCUAUCCCACUGGGGCUCAACAAUCGAGAUUUGAUUGGUAUUGCGGAAACUGGAUCAGGAAAAACGGCAUCCUUUGUGAUUCCAAUGUUAACAUACAUUGGAAAGCUAGCUCCACUCACGGACGAAAAUCGACAUUUAGGUCCUUAUGCACUCAUACUCGCACCCACACGUGAGUUGGCUCAACAGAUUGAAAGUGAAACAAACAAGUUUGCACUCCGGUUAGGUUAUCGUUGUGUAUCGAUUGUAGGAGGAAAAGCAAUGGAAGAGCAGGCAUUGAACAUGAGGGAUGGGGCGGAGAUCAUCAUUGCAACCCCGGGUCGAUUGAAAGAUUGUAUUGAGAGACAUGUGCUUGUGUUAGGUCAGUGUACAUAUGUAGUGAUGGAUGAAGCAGAUCGAAUGAUCAAUUUAGGAUUUGAGGAAGUAGUCAACUUCAUUCUUGAUCAGUUACCACUCAGCAACCUCAAGCCUGACACUGAGGAAGCAGAAGACUCUGCGAAAAUGACCAGUUUCAUUGGAGGAAUCGAAGGAUUCGAUGUCAGUGGCAUCAAGGGACUCUAUCGUCAGACGGUGAUGUUUUCAGCUACAAUGCCACCAGCUGUCGAACGAUUGGCACGGAAAUACUUACGAAGGCCAGCAGUCGUAACGAUUGGUGUAGCAGGUCAAGCUGUUGACACAGUUGAUCAACAAGUCGAAUUCUUACCAAAUGAAGAUAAGAAACGUGGAAGAUUAUUAGAAGUCUUGAACCAAGGUCAUACACCUCCGAUCAUUGUGUUUGUCAAUCAAAAGAAAACAGCAGAUCAACUUGCCAAAGAUAUCUCUCGAGCUGGUUGGUCUACGACUACACUUCAUUCUGGAAAGAAUCAAGAGCAAAGAGAGGCUGCUCUUGCUUCACUGCGAGCGGGUGAGUCGGAUAUCUUGGUGGCAACUGACUUGGCAGGACGUGGUAUCGACGUACCGAACGUCAGUUUGGUGGUGAACUUCCAAAUGGCCGGAACCAUCGAGGCUUACGUGCACAGAAUUGGUCGAACUGGACGUGCCGGUAAAGUCGGUACUGCAAUCACAUUCCUGACAAAUGAUGAUGCAGAUGUACUCUAUGAUCUUAAGCAAGAGAUCACUAAGAGUCCUGUAUCUCGCUGUCCGCCUGAAUUAGCAAAACAUGAGGCAGCUCAAUCAAAAGUAAGAUAUCAUCUAUUCACGUCCAGAGUGAUCGAUACUGAAGUUUCAAUCUUUUUUUCCUCGAAACUUUUAGAUGUCUGCCGCCAUGAAACGAAGGGCCGCAGAUCUUGA